GAAAGAAACAAUAACGACGAAAGAGUAAUGAGUGGAAAAAUAAUUAAACUAAGUGAAACAUAUAAGCAAACAAUAAAUAUAACACAAGUGUAUGCAUAUAUUUGUUGUUUUUUGUUUGGUUACGCUCAAAAUAAUAUAAGCUCACAAAAGGGCAAUGCACCAUGUAAGUCGACGAGAAAUGAUAGUCCUCCCCCACAAGGUGAAAAA